CAUGUUCCAACUCAAUAUCAAGUUCUCAACGAACAUACCCGCAGGGGAACGUGUAUCACCGUGCACUAGCGCGUGCACCAUGAAGUGCAUGACGGUGUUGAAACUUUUCUCUUAUGCGCUCUUCCUGACGAUCUUGCUCUCCUCGCCGGCCACCUCGGUCGCCAGCUCCGCCAUGCGCGCCGAUCUGACCCACGUUGACAGUGGCCGCGGCUUCACCAGGUGGGAGCUGCUCAGCCGGAUGAAAGCUCGUUCGAGGGCCCGCGUGGCCUGCCUUCAUCAGCGCGGCGGCCACUACGGCCACCCGGCGACCGCGUCUGUGGCACCGGGUACCGUCGGCGAGGUAGGUACCGAGUACCUCAUCCACUUCGGCAUCGGCACGCCGCGCCCGCAGCACGUGGCGCUGACGCUGGACACCGGCAGCGACCUCGUCUGGACGCAGUGCAAUUCGUGCCAAGUCUGCUUCAACCAGCCGUCCCCGUUGUUCGACCCCUCCGCCUCCAAAACCCUCUAUGGCGUCCCGUGCUCCGACCCCAUCUGCGAGGGAUCCAGCGUUUCCGCGUGCUACAUCGACAACCAAGGGUGCUUCUACCUUGACUCUUACGGCGACAAUUCCAUCACGGCGGGCAUGAUCCUCAGGGACACCUUCACCUUCAAGGGGGCCAACGGCAAGGGCGGCACGGUCGUCGUGCCGAAUCUCAGCUUCGGAUGUGGCCUCUAUAACACCGGCGUGUACAACACGAACGAGUCUGGCAUCGCCGGCUUCGGCCGCGGGCCGCAGUCGCUGCCGUCGCAGCUCAAGGUCGGCAAGUUCUCGCACUGCUUCACGUCCAUGUUCGACUCCAACAAGAGCAGCGCGGUGUUCUUGGGCACGCCGGAUGACCUCAGAGCGCACGCCACGGGGCCGAUCCAAUCCACUCCGAUGAAACAGAACCGUGUGAGCCCGAACAACUACUACUACCUUUCGCUCAAGGGCAUCACCGUCGGCGAGACGCGGCUGCCGAUCAACGAGUCGGCGUUCGCUCUCAAGAAGGACGGCUCCGGCGGGACGAUCAUCGACUCAGGCACGGGCGUCACCACCUUUCCGCAGGCCGUGUACGAGCAACUCCGGAGCGCGUUCGUGGCGCAGGUGCCGCUUCCCGCCGUCAACUCUUCGGAGGACGACCUGUGCUUCUCCGUGGCGUCGGUGGCGGACGCGAAGAAGGUGUACGUGCCGAAGCUGGUCUUCCACCUGGAGGGCGCGGACAUGGACUUGCCGCGGGAGAAUUACAUGGCAGUUGUCAACGGCAGUCUGUGCCUGGUGAUCAGCGGGGGAGUGCGCGAGUUGACACUCAUAGGCAACUUCCAGCAGCAGAACAUUCACAUCGUCUACGACGUGGAGAACAAUAAGCUGUUAUUCGUACCUGCACAGUGCGACAAGCUGUGACUUGUAGGUAGUGAUGCACAUGCGCGUACAUGCAUACGUGUAUGCUUCGACCUGUGCUAGUGCUAAAUAAAAAUGUGGAACGGCUACUAAAGUUCCGAUGAAAUUUGGGGCAAAAUCAUUCGAAUUUGAAGCCAUGAAAAUUGUGAGGA